UUGGGUCUUCAUUCUCAUUAGCCUCCUGGGAGUUCUGGGGAUUUGGAUUGUGCUUAAAUUCAAUCUCCUCCGUCGCAAAGAACUUUUUCCCUCAUCGAACCUGACAUUUACUCUCUCGUGCUAGCGCCUUCCAAACUCCACUCCACUGCCGUACGCCUUGAUAAGUGAGACCUCAACGGCGUUGUCCCCUUCCAUCCACCUCCGAUCGACGACUUACCCGCUACGGAAUAUCGCGAGUAUCGCCGGUUCAUCACUGUAAAAACACAGCCAUGGGAGGCUCUCUGUCGCGACUAUGGUCUCUCCUCUGGACGAAGAAGGAAAUCCGAAUCCUCAUUCUUGGUCUUGACAAUGCUGGCAAGACUACUCUCCUCUAUAGAUUAAAGAUUGGCGAAGUCGUGACUACAAUACCUACCAUCGGCUUCAACGUAGAGUCUGUGACAUACAGGAAUCUUAACUUCAAUGUUUGGGAUCUCGGAGGUCAAACAUCCAUCCGACCCUACUGGCGAUGCUACUACGCGAACACUGCGGCCGUUAUAUUCGUUAUCGAUUCUACAGAUGUUGAGCGACUUGGGACAGCUGCUGACGAACUAGCUUCCAUGCUGAAUGAAGAAGAACUUCGCGAGGCGGCCCUGCUGGUGUUUGCAAACAAGCAAGAUCAGCCUGGUGCCAAGGGUGCCGGAGAGAUCUCGGAAGCGCUAAAGCUCGGGGAACUACGAGAUAGGAACUGGAGUAUUGUCGCGUGCUCCGCUAUUGAUGGCAAGGGUCUCAAUGAGGGCAUGGACUGGUUAGUGCAAACUCUUCAAUCCGAAAACGCAUGAGCGCUGGCGUUAUUUGUGUCGUGCUAUAGAGUUAUUUAAUAUUCCCUUCUCCUCGAUUCUUUGGGAACAGGAGUUCAUGUCGUUUAUACAGUAUACCUUUUUUUUUUUUGAUUUGGAAGUUUUGAAGGCCCAGCAUAAUAUCCUAAUUGAUUCGAAGAUUGAACGGUUGACUUUGCUUGUAUUUGACAUGACACGAAAGAUUGGUUGGUUGGACUGAUACGAGGCAUCAAGACAGCAUCAUGGUGUUGUAUUGAUAUGAAUAAAGGACCGGUAUAUCAGCAUUGAGCAUACAAUCAACAGACAUCAGCGAGCCUAGUAGUACUAUGUAUAUUAUGUGUGCUAUAAAGAGUGAUAUACGUACACC